GCUCGUGGCCGCCGGUCGGUUGGACGUCCCAGGCCACCGCGUCCUCCGGGCGUGAAGAAUCGCAGCCCGGCUCCACAAUUACAACCAUGUUCGCCGGGAAGCCGUCCGGCGUGAGUCGCAGCUCCGCUGACGCGACGGCGUCCUCGGACAGGUCCCUGACAUCAAAUCUUAAGUAGGUGACCCUAUCUCCCAUCUCUCUCGCUCCACAAAUACCGCUGUCGGCGAAGUGGUCCGUCGGUUUGCUGUCGUACGAGUGGGAAUUGCCUCUUACAUACAAGUACGGUUCCGUGUGGUGGAGCUCGAACUUGGCGUAGCAGGCAGAGGCGUAGGUGUCUCCUUCUGUAUACUUCGUGUAGUCGGCCAGGGGCCGCUCGAACUCGUUCUGGCAGCCCUCGGCCGUGCACCAUGCUGUUGUUUGUCGGAGGAGGGUGAGGAGCAGGAUGGUCUUCAUCGGUUCGAAUUGCUAUCGUCGUCGGGCAGCCAUUCGGCUCUGAUUCAGCAUGAAUCGCAUCUCGCGCUGCAGCGCUCUCGGCCGCGCGCUUGGGCAGCUAUUUGUGUCUCUGCAGCGGCCCUCUCUUGUCUUGGUGUCCCGCGGCGCGGCUGGCGCUUGCAAAAACCAAGACAGAAUCCUCAUUCGAGCCCUUGCAUGAGUGGUUUGGAAGACGAGCACGGCUGAAAAAAAUUGUCGGGGUGCGCCGGCGUCGACGCGCCUCAAAAGUUGCCUGUUUUGCCCCAGCGAGAGGCUAGCGGUGCAUGUUAGCAUAGCCAACGCAGCGAGUCAUAGCAGCGCUCGACGAAUUUGCAACUGCUGCAUCCAGUCACCGGCGCCGGGUGCAUAACUCAGCCGACGAGGCCACUGUGCAGCAGAGGCUAUCGCGGCCGACGCGUGCCGACGCGCGAAGGCCCGCGCCUGACAGCGCCGCCGUCGCCGCCGACGCCACCGCGCGCGCGGAGAGCGCUGCGCCAUGACGGGCGCUAGCGGCGACGCCGAGCAGCUCACGCCGGACCACGGCUUAGUGUAUUGGAGGUGGCUCGCUUUUUCCUUCUUCGGCAUCAUGGUGUCGUUCAUCUUAUAUGGGAUCGUCAUGGAGUACGCGACGAGUGGGGGAAGGAAACUCCACGAGUUAUCACUCAUUUUCGUCACGUCUUCACUCUACACCACAACAGCCUACGUUGGCAAGACCAUCCGGGGAGAGCGACCAACUACUGUACCCACAUAUAAACUAUUCGUGGUCGCCAUGCUAAGCAUGGGAUCGACCUUCUUCUCCGUCCGAAGUUUGAGGUAUGUUAUCUUCCCGGUGCAAGUAUUAGCCAAGUCCUGUAAACCGAUCCCGGUCAUGAUCAUGGGCGCUUUUUUGGGCAAGAAGUACCCGCUCAAAAAGUACUUAAAUGUGUGCGUCAUAGUGGUAGGCAUCGCGUUGUUCAUGCUCGGUGGGAACGCCGUCAAGGCCGACGACGCGGAGAAGGGCGGCACGACGAUGCUGUUGGGCUGCGUCAUGCUGUUUCUGAGCUUAUCCUUCGACGGAGCAACAGGAGCCUACGAAGACAAGAUCAUGCAGCGCGACCACGUCGGGCCCUUUGAGUUGAUGUUCAACAUUCAACUCGGCAAGGCUAUUCUGGCCUUCCUAUCUCUGGUGAUUUUCAAUGAGGUCAACUACUUCCUCCAGAUGGUCCAGGAGACGGGGCCCGUACUAUUGGCUUUGGGGGUCACGGGUGCCAUGGGCCAGGUGUUCAUUUUCGUGACCAUCGCCAAAUUUGGCGCCUUGAUGUGCUCGCUGAUCGGGCUGGGGCGGAAGAUCGUCACUCUGAUCGUGUCCAUCAUCAUCUACCAGCACCCCGUCGACACGCAGCAGGGCAUCGGGCUGUCAAUGGCGGUCGGGGCCAUGGUCUACAACUUCGCCGAUCGAGGAGGGAAGCGCGCGGCAAAGAAACCAACGGUGGCCGCGCGCGACGUCGAGGAGGCGGAUGGGGUGGAGCUCAAGGGUCUGUUGAGCGCUGAAGGGACGUCGGCGGAGGACGAGAGCGUCGGCGAGCCCUCGGAUAGGUAA